AUGGUGUUUACUUCUUCGAUCGGGGUGAUGAAGAAAGAGUUGUAUAGGCCGUUGUAUCUGUCGCUUCAUAACGGCUCCCAGGAGACGCUGGAGGCCGACGAUCUCAUGUCGCCAGAAUUGCCCCCUCAGUCUCCUGUCUUUGAUUUUGAUGAGUUUCUGAACGAGUCGUCCUCAUCCAAGAUGUCCCAGUCCCAUCAGAUGUCAGACACGGCCUCAGCCACUACACAAUUGGCGGUCCAAAGAGACAAUGGCUCUCUUGGGCCGUGGCCAACUUGGGACCAAACGUCGACGGUCUUUCAUGAAGAGACUCUGAAUGCACUUCAACCCGGUUCUUCGUCUUUUCCUCAGUCCGCGUCAGCGAUCAACCUAUCCAGCUCAACGAUGGCGUCCGCCACGUCGUUCUCUCACUAUCCUUCAUACAGUUCACAGCAGUCUAUACCAUUCAAAUUCCAGGAUGCGCAAGUUGCGAGCCCUCAGUCGAUCCUAUCGACGGUCUACGAAGCUCGGGCUCAGUUUCCCCCCUCGCAGUCAGCGCCCUAUCAGCCGCCCUCUGCUUCAUUUUCAGAUUACGAACUGGGAAUUACCGGGUCAGUUAUCGGAAUGGAGAACAAUAAUGACCUGUUCCAACUAGGGAAAAUGGAUGACCAGCAGAUUCAACUUAGUUAUCACGAGAUCGGGAGAUUGCCGUACGGUGACUCGGGGUACGCUGGAGCCCACCAAUCAAUGUACGCGCCCCAGUCCAUUCAUCAGUCAGUCUCUACAGAAGGCCGGACAGGCCAGCGACGCGUACUGGUGCCCCGCAGGGACUCCUCGGUCCCGCCAUACGCCACUGAUUACCGGAGCUCACAGUCCAAGGCUGGCUUUGUGGCCUCUGCGCCUACUCCAUCCAUGCUGUCCGACAUCUCGUCGCUGUCGCCAGGGUCCCCGCGGUCGGUGCAGGGGGGCGUAUCCAUUCCAGGCUCGAGCCCAUCCAUCACAUCAGUAUCUCCUCGAUACAUCACUCCUACAUCUCCAACAAUUGCAGCGCAAUUCUCGGCGUCACCUGCCCAGUUCUCUGCGUCACCGCAUCAAUUCGUCGGUGCGUCACCUGCGUUUAUCGAUGCAUCGCCCAUCACGUUUGUCAACCAAACCGCGCAAUACUCGACGUCUGCUCGGUCUGAUGAGCCGACAUUCUCGUCGGCGCCCGAGUCGGCACCAGGCCACACGACCUCGUCGUUCAACUCCGCCAAACGCAGGCGGCCUACCAUAAGCGACGGCGAAGAGGAUUCAGAUGAGAAGCGGAACGAAGGUGAGUUUUGUCAACGCCUAUCGCUUUCUAUCACGUCCCCCACGUCUUGCGAGUGGGAAGGAUGCCCGCUCCCGGGGUCCUACGUUCCUACCAAAUCCGAGCUUCGUCCCCCUAAACAAGCUCCUUCCAUGUGGCAAAUAUACUUCGCAGACUGGCUGCAGGAUCAUAAGACUCGCCAUCCUCAUGACAAGCUAAACGUCGCUCAGGCUGCAAAGGAAGCUGGCCAGCUCUACAAGACGCUCGAUAACGGAACUAAAGAGGACCUGAAGCGGCGCGUGUACCUCGAGAAGGAUAUCCGCGAACGGCGCCUCCAAGCAUGGCAGCGUACGCUUACACCCGAAGAUAUCAAGCGAGAGAACAGAUUCAGAGCCGCACAACGCAAGGCCGGCCUCUCACGUCGCGCCAAUAUCAAGGAUCCCAAUGCGCCCAAGAAGCCCUUGAGCGCAUACUUCAUGUUCCUCGCUCGGAUUCGAAGUGAUCCAGCGCUGGUUUAUGAAGUGUUUGGUGACGAAACGGAAACCACGAGACAGAGUGUCCUUGCCGCUCGUCGUUGGAGAGAGAUGAGUGAUGAGGAGAAAAAGCCAUUCCUCACCCAAGCCGAGCACGACAAGAUCCAAUAUGAAGCCCUGCGGAAGAUCUACGAGGAGCAAGCCGCCACCGCUAGUGGAAGCGAUAGCUCCCGCUCUGCCAACCGCAAGCAGAUGACAGGGACGGGAUAUAUCGUUCCUCAGCAGAUUCAUUUCUCCGAAGACAUCACCGCUGCCAUCAUCUCGGCUCGACCCAGCAUCUCUGAGCCAGAUGACAUCCGCAUGGUCUCUUAUGACCCAGAGGCCACGAUUACUGCAAGAAAGUCGAGCAACAAGGUCGCCCCCAUCCCCAUCUUCAGCUCCAUCGGACCCAUUCGUCGUCGAGUAACCCGCAAGGCGUCCAGAACCCGCCACUCUCUCGCGACGAUGAGUGGGUGCCGGGCAAGUCCAUCUGAAAAGAGGGACGACCACCUCGAGCAUCCAACUAGCAUGAUCCUCGCUAGUGAUUAUCCCCCGUUAUACCAAGCG